AUGGGUUUUGAUAACACCGAUUCAGUUAGAACUGCAUUUCUUGCAUCAGUUGCUGCAGUUUUCAAAGUUCCAGAGAUAAGAGUCGUCGGAACAGCAGAAGCAGUCACAGAAGAAGUCACUCUCGUAGAUAUUCUCUUCUCUGGUUCGUUGAAAUUAAUCGAAAUUAUCGGAAAUAACAUCGAAUACUCCAGAGCCGAGCAUUUCGCUAAGGCCGCCCUCGAAGCCGCCCUUCUCUCAGGCCGCGCGUACGAAUACUUUGCCCGAAUGGUCGAUGUCGAAUUACAACCUAUCGAUGAUUCGAACAAGAACACCAUUUUCAGAGGCAACCAAGUACCAGCGAGAGCCGUAGGUCACUGGCCGAGGUUCGUUGCCAUGGAUUGGCUGAAACAAACCUUGCGACCAAUUUUCGAUGAAGUGAUUGCAUCGUGCGAAAACAAUGUUGGCUUCAUUGUGAACCCGGCAAAGCUCCCUGAAGGCCAGACGAUAGAGGUCAACACCGAGAAUUUCAGACAAUUACUUCAGAAAACGGUCCAAGCCAUUUUGGAUGGCCAGACAACCAUGCCAGACUCAUUAACCUACGCCUCACAGAUCAUCUUCGAAAAGGUGUUUGAAAAAGUCGGAGAAUUUGCUUAUUCAAUCUUAUCUUCCUUCCUCUUCCUUCGUUUCAUCAUCCCAUCCUUCUCCAAUGUCUCAAUGGUUGGAAUUACCUCACCAGUUGGCGAUCAACCAAGAGAUGUUCUCAUGCAAACUUCAAAUGUCAUCAUGUCUUCAAUUCUCAAGGGCAGACUUGAUGACAAAUACACUUAUCUUGCUCCUUACAACGAUCUCGCCAAGUGGACACAAGAUUCCAUCAAUCAAAUGUUCCGAGGUCUCGUUCAGAAGCAAGUUUCCCACGAACCACCACCAAUUACCAUCGAUGCAGCCCAAACAAUCGCUAAUAUCCACUCCGAAGUUUAUCCAAUUCUCAAAAACUUAACUCCAUUAAUCGAAUCUCUCGAUCCAGCGAGCGACGACCACGCGAACGCAAAGAGAUUCAUCACAAAGAUCAGAGCCAUGGGCCAGCCAUCGAAUGCUGCUAAGAAGAUGUUCAAAUCAGAUGAAGCCGGCGCAUCUGGCUACGAAGAGCUCAUGAACAUGACAUUUCCACCCGACCAAGUCCAGCAACUUGAAGAAGCCAUUUACAAGGACGAGAAAACAGCUCCAGAUGGAAAUGGCGUCAUUUACAUUCAUUUCAACAAACUUUCGUCAGUUAGAGAUCCAAGAAUUGUUGCGCAGUUACUGUUCAAAGCACUGAGAAAAGACGAAUCACAACAGUGUUAUGUAUGUUUGUGUUUGACAGGAUUCGAUCCAAGUCGUAUUCCUAAUCAGACAAUGUUGCAGACAUACGCAAUAAUGCCUCCUUCGACACAGAACAUCAAACAGUACUUGAUUAUUGAACCUCCAAACGAAUUUGCUGUUUUCGUCAAAGAGAAUCAGCAGUUAUUCACAAAACCACAGAGAUUUGAAGUGAUUGAUUCCGUUGCAAAACUCACUAGAAUAUUAGGAAACACACCGACAUCUAUUCCUCCUUCAACUUACGAGUCAUUCUCUGAAGCACAGGCUGUUUAUUCCGUAGUGUUAAAUGGAGAUCCAACAAAAAUAAGACUCCACGAACACUCUCUCCAAAUCAUCGGAGACAAUGUAGAAAUUGCAGGACAUCCAUUCACGCCCGUAAGAGUUAUAAUGGCCGACCAAAUUAAAGACUUUGAAAAAUCUUUGGGAAGCAAACAGCACAUGGAUGAGUUCAAUCUUACCAUUACUAUGAAGAGUGGUAUUGUCUAUUCCAUGAGAGUUCCUGUCAGUUCUCCAAUGUAUGAUGCUGCUUACCAAUUAACACUUAGAUCGAGAACAAUCAACAAUGCAAUUCAAAGUGUUAAUGUAAACUCAUCUACAUUGCAAUGGAUGAUGCUUAACUUAGCAUUCAUCAAUAUCAUUGGUCCUGAAUCAUCUCUUUCUUUGAAGAAGGCUGCUCUUGAUUUGAUCUACGCUGUGUUCGUGUCUUUCCAGUUUUCUCACAAUGUUUCUGUUGACAAAAUUCAAUAUGACAUUUUGCCAAAUAAUCUGUCAAAAUAUGUCAGAGAGAUAUCAACAGAUUUGGCAUCAUGCAAUGCGGAGAAUGUCAAUGAUUUCAUGUCGGAGUUCUUCAACGCCGCGAAAUACGUGAAAUCAAAAGUUUUGCCAACAAUUUUCUAUUUCUUAGUUCCAUGGAUCAAAUGUUUCGCAAACCAGUCUGAUCCUCCGAAGAAUUUGAUUUCUGAGUUCAUCGAAAUGUACAACAACAUGAAGGGAUCAGACCAAGUCUGCUAUCCUGAGUAUGUCUGGCCAUCCCUUUGUCAAAACGAUUUUAUCAUCGAAACUCUCGUCGAUAUCAUCUUCGAAAGGAACGAAUCAACAUUUGUAGAGAUCCCUGCACAGUUGGCAGCAAUUAAACCUUCUUUCGUUUCUCAAUCUGUCUGCAGGAAAUUCACAGAAAUUCUUGACAACAACGAUAAAGAUCAUAUUGACUUUUUGAGAGGAGUUUUGACUUCGAUGAUUUCACUUCACAUGUUUGAUUUUGAGAGCACAGGAGCGGUUUUGAUAUACAACUGCACCAAGUCCAGGCUUAUCUUUGAUACAUCCAUUCUCCAGAAGAUGUCACCGAUAUUAAUGAACAUCAUCCACGAAUUAUUCCGUCAGUCAGGAAGCGGAAUUCAGUUUGAUUUUGAUUUCAUCAUCCAGUCAUUUGUCAACACAGAUGGCAGUGAAGAUUUCAAGACAUUGAAAGACACCUACAAGUGGACAUCGUCCGCUAGAUGUGUUGCAGAAAUCAUAUCCGCUGCUAUCAACAAUCUCCAGAACAGUUCAAUCAAAAGAAAGUUGUUUGACAUGUUUUCAAAUGAUAUCAAAAAACGUGACACUCCAUUACUUUGUGCACAAGGAAUUAUUUAUUCAGCAGCAUUUGCAGUUGAUCCAAGUUCCUAUGCAAAUGACUUAGUCCAGAAACUUCGUGAUUGCGAAGAAAUCUUAGUCACUCCAAUCAUUUUAGGAUUGAGUUUGAUCAACAUGACUAUUGAAUUAUCUGCCAAGUUGUAUUUCAUUGGCAUCGCAUUAGGUGCUCGAGACAACAACGCAGCAUGUGGAGAUUUAGUUGUUUCUGCUCUGAAACAAUAUUCAGAUCACCAAGGAACAACACAAGGAAUUACACAAUACAUCAACAGUUCUCUUGUUGAAUAUCUCGAGACAUGUACAGCACUUCCAUUGCAACAACAACCAAGUCUGUCUGCUGCAGCUAUCUUGGCAUGUUACGCUAAGUACGGCUUGACACAAGCAUUAGAGAAACUUGCAACAACUAAGUCAGAUGAACAGAUCAUUUCGGCAUUCAGAGUUAUCAAAGAACCAUCUAAAUCCGAAGAAAUCUCACGCCUUGAUUACGGUGCUAAUUUAGUCAAUCUCUCUGCAAUUCUUCUUGUUUUCUUGAAGGUCGGUGCUCCACAAGUUCUUAUCGAAUUUGCUAUUAACUUGUUCACGGAACAACCGAAUGGAUUAGGAUGUUUCGAUGCCAUCGGAAACAAGUUUGGCAAACAAAUCUUCGAAGUUGUCAAUGAUGCUCGAUUCACGGGUUUACUUCUUAGGAACUCAAGAAUCAAGAACGAAGAAUACCAGUUAACAUCGAUAUUGAACUCUCUGUUCUUCGAGAUGGAUAAUGUGAUUAUUUCCAAAGAACAAGCUGAUCAUUUAGUUUACAACGUAUUUAUCUAA